AUUAAGCUCCCAUUACCACAUUGCUAUCAUUUGUCAACGUCACCUUCUUCUUCUUCUUCUUCUUCUUAACUGAGAUCUUGAUCACACAAUGGCGACCUUGAAGGUUCCUUCUCAAGUUCCUUCUCCUGCUGAAGACAGCGAGCAAUUACGCAAAGCAUUUCAAGGAUGGGGAACGAACGAAGACUUGAUAAUAUCAAUCCUCGCUCAUAGAAAUGCAGCUCAGCGUAAGUUGAUUCACGAAACUUACUCUCAAACCUAUGGCGAAGAUCUUCUCACUGAUUUAGACAAAGAACUUUCAAGUGACUUUGAGCGGGCUGUGGUGUUGUGGACAUUGGGUCCUGCUGAGCGCGAUGCUUUUUUAGUUAAUGAAGCCACUAAGAGGUUGACUAAAAACAACUGGAUCCUAAUGGAAAUUGCUUCCACUAGAUCUUCACUUGACCUCUUUAAGGCAAAGCAAGCAUACCAAGCUCGUUUCAAGAGGUCCAUUGAAGAAGACGUUGCCUAUCAUACUUCUGGGGACAUCCGCAAGCUUUUGGUUCCUCUUGUGGGGACAUUCCGUUAUGAUGGGGAUGAGGUGAACAUGAUACUGGCAAAAUCUGAGGCUAAAUUGCUUCAUGAGAAGAUUGCAGAGAAGGCCUACAAUCAUGAGGACCUGCUCCGGGUUAUAACAACAAGGAGUAAAGCACAGCUAAAUGCAACUCUAAAUCACUACAACAAUGAAUUUGGGAAUGAAAUAGACAAGGAUCUGGAAACUGAUUCAGAUGAUGAAUAUCUGAAUUUAUUGAGGGCAACAAUUAAGAGCUUGACCUAUCCUGAGAAAUAUUUUGAGGAGCUCUUAAGGCUGGCUAUAAACAAGACGGGAACUGAUGAAUGGGCUCUUACUAGAGUGGUAACAACUAGAGCUGAAGUUGAUUUACAGAAAAUUGCAGAGGAGUAUCAAAAAAGAAAUAGUGUUCCGCUGGACCGUGCAAUCGCCAAUGACACUUCUGGAGACUAUCAGAAAAUUCUUCUUGCUCUGAUGGGACAUGAUGAUUAAGUGUUCUUACUCUGCUCUGUUGUCAUGAGAUUACUGUCUGUUUUUCCUUUUUAUCAUCAAUGUAACUUUGUUGUGGGUCUUUGGACACCAUGUUUGUGAGAGAUGUGUGAAAUAAUAUGUUUCGAGUAUGGCAAGAAGUUCAAGACGCUUUGCCUCCUUAAAUAAAGAGAAAGAUUUGCUAUUGUUUGUUA